AUGGAAGGAAGCGGGCCGCCAUUCCGAGCGAUCCGGCCGAGCAAAGGUAAGGGAGGCGUCCUUACAUGUGCCAGUCAAACGGCUAGGCUCACUACCACGCUUGUGCUACUGUCGUUGCUGCUCGUUUCUUGUGGAGUCGGCAGCAUCCGCUGCUCCUCGAUGACGACAAUCCAUGGUAACAGCACGGACAUGAUGUCGCUGCUGGAUUUCAAGCGGGCCAUCGCCAACGACUCGAGGCAAGCCUUGAGAUCAUGGCACGUCGGUCUCCCCCUUUGUAGAUGGAAGGGCGUCGUCUGCAGCGACCCGAAGCACCCGGACCUAGUCAUCGAGCUGAACCUUAUGAACCUAUCAUUGUCGGGCACGAUUUCACCGUCUCUUGGGAAUCUAACGUUCCUUAGGAUACUGGACCUGUCCAGUAAUGGCUUCACCGGCCAGAUACCUCCUUUCAACCGUCUCCAAAGAUUGGAUUACCUUAACUUGAGACACAACUCACUGCAAGGGAUCAUUCCGGAUACUCUUACAAACUGCUCCAAUCUACAGUGGCUAGUCCUGUAUUACAACUUACUAAUAGGAGAGCUUCCCAGAGGUAUAGGCCGCCUAUCCAAUCUAGUGUGGUUAGAACUUGGAGGAAAUAAUCUCACCGAAGAAAUCCCACCAAGCCUAACAAACAUCAGUCACCUUGAAUACAUCUCGCUUGCUGAUAAUAAGCUUGCCGGAACCAUUCCUGAUGAGUUGGGAAAACUACCAAAUCUUUCUGUAUUAGCCCUUGAUUCAAAUAGGCUAUCAGGUGGAAUCCCGGAAGCCCUGUACAAAUACAAUCAGUCUUCUCUCCAAAUUUUACAGUUAGGUUCCAAUAUGCUUGGGAAAACACUGCCAUCUAACUUUGGUGAUACCCUUCAGAAUCUUGAAGUUCUCAUUUUGUACGAAAACAAUUUCGAAGGUCAUAUCCCAGCAGCACUAGGCAAUAUUUCAGGGCUAGAUUGGUUAGACUUGUCAUUCAACAAUUUCGUUGGUCAAGUUCCAAGUUCUUUUGGUAAUCUUGGACUGUUACAUCACCUAGACCUUCAGCAAAACAAUUUGUCGGGCUUCAUUCCAGGAGAGCUGGGUGGCUUGCAACACCUCACCAAUUUGUAUCUGUCUGAUAAUAAUCUGGAAGGUGGGGUACCAUGA